GUCGACGGGACGCUCGCGGAAGAAACCAAAAAAAGGUAGGAGUGUGAAUCACCUCCCCACCCCUUUGAAUCACCUCCCCACGCAUCACCCCCCCACCCGGAUCACCUACCCACCUCCCCCGCAUCACCUCGUGACGCGCCCGCAUCACCACCGUAGCGGCCGGAGGUGAUGCAGAAGCAGAGCCGGCUGCGGCCUAGGGUUUAGGGUUCGGGGUUUAGGGUCGUCGAGGCCAGCCGGCGCGACGGCGCCGUCGCGCCGGCUGGCCUCGACGCUUCUCUUUUUCUCGUGUUCCUUCCCCCUUCUCCGCCCUUGUGUGCCACCAUUUUGGCUUCCAUUGCUUCUUGGUCCUUUUGCUGUGCGCCCUUUGCCCCCGUCGUGUUUCCGUGCCUUGACUCCUUGCGGCAUUGCCUUGCGUGCCCCGUGAGUCGCUCCAUGUUCGCCACCUUAGGGCCGCCGCACCCAUCUGGUGGCCGCGUGCGUAGGCUGAUCUGUCGCGCAGGAUGAGGACUCAUGUGCGUUGUGGCAGAUGCCUGGCUUCAUCGCCGCGAGGUAGAUGGCACAGAAGCCAAGCAGCAUGCAUCCAGACGUAGUCACGUUCUGCUCGACAAUCACGGAGCAGUGCAACGCGGUGGGGAAGUGUUGGACGACUGGGAGGUGGGGAGGUGGGGAAGUGCCUCCCCACCUCCCCACCACUGGGGAGGUACCUCCCCACACGUGGGGAGGCACCUCCCCAGGGUGGGGAGGUGGGGAGGUGAUGCGUGGGGAGGUGAUUCACACCAUAACCCCAAAAACAAGCGGUGGAGAAAUGCGGAAGAGGAAAAGCCUAUUUAGAAUCCUCACGCAGCAGAGAGAGAGGACAAGCAAAAUGUUCUGGACCACGAGGGAGGGUGUGAUGGAGGACGAGGAACGAAUAAAACGCUUCAAUACAUG